UUGCUAUAUCGACUGUGCUGCAAUUUUGGUGCGCUGCCGAGGUUUUCAGAGCUGCAAACGAUAAACCCCCAAGCUCCAAUUCUCCUCCUUCUAAACCCUAAUGGGAGAGUGGUAACAAGUCACCCUUUCUUAUUAGGUUCAAUGUUUUCUUCUUUCUAAUUUUUUUUUCAUGUUAUGUGGAACUUGACCUGGUAAUUCUGAUGAAGUAGCUCGUUCUCUUGAUUUCCAUCACUGAGUUCUCUUGAAUGAAGGGCGAUCGAAGUUUUUAAUACUGACAUUCUUUAAUAACUUCGACGAGGGAGGGAGGCAAGGCGAUGUCAGCUUUAUCAAAUAUAUGGUUCUUUCGAGAUGGAUCCAGGCAAACAAUGGGAUCUUCUCGUGAAAUUGUUACUGGAAAAUCAUUGCCUCAAAUGUUUCAGAGACAAUUUUGUGGAGAAUUCAAAUCAGGCAAGGUGCUAAUUCUUAUUAAGUGGAAGGGAUCCUACCAGACAAAAGCUGAAAAUUUUUCUUUAAUAAAGUGCGCUAGAAAGGAUGGGAAGUUUGAUCCUUCAUCAAUUGAACCACCCCCGUACCAUGUUUAUAUGGAUUCAACUUCUGGACAGCUUGAACCAGCUUCAGGUGCUAGAGCAAGUAUACCGGGAAAAGAAUACUGGCCUGAGGGAACGGCCGACCGUGUGAGGGCUGCUAGGUCUCGUGAACCAGUUGGCCAAUCAUCAGGUAAGCCUUCUUAUGGCAAGAAUCCUGGAAGCCGGAGGAGGAAGCACAUGACCCAAGCUGCUGCUUCAGAGAUCCAAAAAAUUAGUGCAAAUGAUGGGAGUGUUCUAGAUAGCAUGGAUGAUUCAGAUAAGAAGAAUAAUCUUGAUGACAAUGUUAAUCUCGAUAAUAGUAGUGAUCGACAUGUCGUUGGAACCUCAAGUUCAUCUGGUACCUUGAAUGAACUUAAAGAACCAUCCAAUGAAUAUGUUGUUUAUAAGACUGAGGAAGAAAAUGAGAAUCUUAGUCCAUAUGAGUUGGACAAAAAAAUGGGGCGCCCACAUGCCUUUAUUGAUCCAUCAAUGGUUCAUCCACCUGAAGAACCACAAUCAAGUGAAAAUCUUUGGUGGAACUGGAGGAAGCCUGAAGAAGGGCAAUGGUCUAGGUGGCAAAGGAGGCGUCCAGAUGUUGAUACGGUCUUUGCGAAGGCAAUGGCAGAAACAGGUCAAAUAAAGCUAUAUGGAGAUCAUCCAACUGUAACUGAAGCUACGCUUGCAAGGGCACGAAAGCAUAUAUUUAAAGAGGAAAGGCUUCGGGAGGAACAGAGGAGAUUGGAGGAUAUAGGACCAAUAGCAUAUUAUUCAGAAUGGGUAAAAGCAUGGACUAAGGACACUUCACGAAAGGCUGUGCAGAAACAUUAUGAAGAAACUGGUGAGGAUGAGAAUACCCAGCUGAUCACAAUGUUCCAGCACCAAACUGCAGAAGAAUACCGUAUCAUGAUGGGCACUGAUGUUCGUAUUCAACGAGAUCCGCUAGCAAUGCGGAUGCGUGAAGAGCUAAUCAAAGAGAUAUGGGGUGGCGAUCCAGUUUAUCCAACUAUCAACUAUGUUCAAGAUCCUGAUGAAGUAAUUGAUUACAGAGGUCCGAAUUUCCAUGAGCCUACACCUGACGUACUGGCUUACCUUAUGGAGCAAGGAAAAAUCAUAUCAAGGGAAGAACUUCAGGAAAUUUUAGAUAAAGAAAAGAAGCAAGAAUUUGAGGUCACUGAUAUGGAUGAAGCCAUGGCAAGUGCAGUUGACAUUGGAGAGAAUGAUGAUGAAGAAGAUAGUGAGGAUGAUGAAGUUGAAACCAAUGAAGCUGAAGAAGAUGUAGAAGUAGUUGAGGAAAAAAUCACCCGCAAUUGGAGUGUUCUUAAAACAACACCUCAGCCUAGCAAAUCAAAGGAAAAACCUAGAAAGAAAAGUCCAAUGUCACUGGAAGAGGCGAUUGAUGAUUCAGAAAACCUAACAGACUUCCUCAUGGACUUCGAUGAGGAUGAGUGAUGGAUUCAGGUUUUAUUGAAAAAGGUAAAGCGAAUGUGGAGACCAAUUAGGCAAGGGUUAGAUUUAUAUUGACUGUUGUUACAGAAAAAGAUAAAGAGAAUGUGGAGAUUGAUUAGGCAAGAGUUAGAAACUUUAGGUUUUAUGUUUAGAAGUGUUUGUGAUAUUUUUUUUAUAAGGUAUGUAAGCAGUUUAACUAUGAUGAAACAUUAUGAUUUUCUUAGUAGCUCUGUAAGUAUUGUUGUGAUGUAAUUGAAAUUAUUAGAUGCUUCCAUUUAUUCAGUAAAUAUAAUUGCCAUUAGAUGUUU